CGUCAACAUGCCCGAAUCUGGAAACUGCACCUCUAUCAUCAACUUGCGUUAUCAAGAUGGCACCGAGGGGAGCCCCUCCAACCCUACCAAGUUCAACAACCAAGACUACACGCAGCUGAAAGACAACCACCUCCGCAGAAGGAGGCUGUUUGUGGACUACUCCUUCCCACCUGACAACGGAUCCCUGGGUGACCUGCCUGACUUGAGCCGCUGGCGUGAAGCCCAAGUGGAGUGGCUUCGACCAGCUGAUAUCUUGAAAGCACACAACAACAGCGAUGAUCCUACUUUCUGUACCAAAGGAGCCUCACGCUUUGACUUUGGUCAAGGCAAUGUGGGUAACUGCUGGUUUCUCGCUGCAAUUUCCUCACUGACGCUCCAGAAAGGCCUGAUGGUGCAAGUUGUGCCAAUGGACCAGACCUUCGAGGACUAUGCAGGGAUAUUUCACUUCAGGUUCUGGAGGUUCGGCAAGUGGGUGGAUGUUGUCAUUGAUGACCACCUGCCAACACUAGACAAGCAGUUACUUUCCGUGCACUCCAAAGGUGGAAAUGAGUUCUGGGUUCCUCUGCUGGAGAAAGCAUACGCCAAAGUGUGCGGUUCAUACGCAGACAUGAACCUCGGGUUGCCAUCAGAGGCCUGCAAGGACUUCAGCGGAGGCUUGAACAUGACGUACAAACUCCAGGAGGCCCACACUGCAGGCCACGAUGUCGAGCUGUGGAACUCGCUGAGCAGAGCCACCGGGUGUAGGUCGAUGAUUUGCUGCGGGACCGCCCAGAAAGGGAAUGAGGUGGUGAACACUGUAGCGGACACUGGUUUAGUGGAUGCACACGCCUAUUCUGUCACAGCAGUCACUGAGGUUGAGUAUUACGGCUCCAACGUGAAGCUGGUGCGGCUCAUGAACCCUUGGGGCAGAACAGAGUGGAACGGAAAGUGGAGUGAUAAGUCCGAUGUGUGGGGUAGAAUAAGCCGAAAAGAUCGGGACAAGUGUUUUGACCGCAACGAUGGAGAGUUCUGGAUGGAGUUGGAAGACUUCUGUCACCACUUCCAAAUGUUGUCCAUCUGCUGUGAGAACCCCAACUUUAUCGACGGCGACCUCACCUGCCAGUGGAAAUCCAUGACCUACGAUGGUAGCUGGGUAGCAGGGAGAUCUGCAGGCGGCAACACGUUAUACUCUUCCUUUGCGACGAACCCUCAGUAUCGCAUGCAGGUGACUAUAAUAGACGAGGAGGAGCAGGGAGACAAAAACAUCUUCCUCUCUCUGAUGCAGAAACCUCAGCAGCAGCAGAAGCGCAAAAGUGUACAAUCCUACCCAAUUGGACUUACCGUCUAUAAGAUUCCACCAGGGACACCACAAGGACGCCUGAGGUCCUCUUUCUUUAGAGCAAACACGCCUAUGAAGCUGGAACAGUAUUACACCUAUGACAGGGAUCUGGUGAAGGAGCACAGUCUGGAGCCAGGAGAGUACGUGAUCAUCCCCUCCACCAUGAAACCCCACAUGAGUGCAGACUUUGUUCUCACUGUCUACUCCAAGGCUGAGACCAAGAUCAGUCCCCAUGAUGAUGAAGAUGAUGAACACGAUCAUGACCACGAAGAGGAAGAGAACUUAAUUCUUCCCGAGCCACCAACCGACAGUGACAGGGACAAGGACAAUAACAAGGAGGAGACCAAAGACUGGAAUCCAACCCGCGCCAUGUUCAACCGCUACGCUGAUCAGUAUGGUGAGCUGAAAGCCAGACAGCUCCAGAAGCUCCUGAAUGACAACUUCCCUCAUGGCAGCUGGAACGGCUUUGGUUUGGAUACCUGCAUGAGCAUGAUCGCUAUGGUGGAUAUCGACCAAAGGAUGACGAUGACCUUCGCUGAGUUCUCUACUCUCUGGGAGAAGAUUAACAAAUACAAGAACUACUUUCAUCGUGCAGAUUUGAAUCAGGGCGGAUCCCUGUCUGACUAUGAGCUCCAGAAGGCAAUUGAGGCUGCAGGAAUGGAUGCGAAUGACAGCAUGGUGAGGCUGAUGACUUUCCGGUAUUCGGGCUUCUCAAGCAUCUCCAUGGAGAGCUUCAUCACUCUCAUGUUACGCCUGGAAAAUGUGUCAAAUGUUUUCGAGGACAAAUCCUCAGAUGGAGUGAUCAGCAUGUCCUGGAGUGAGUGGUCCAACUUCUCCAUGUACAACUAG